AUGAACAAACCUAUGCGUGGACUGAUGAUUUUCAUCAGUGAUUUAAGAAAUGCAAAAGGAUGGAAACUUGAGGAACAAAGAAUUAAUGAAGAAUUAGCAAAUAUUCGACAUAAAUUUCAGGAUGAACACUUAAGUAGUUAUCAGAAGAAAAAAUAUGUUUGCAAGUUGUUAUAUAUUUAUAUUCAUGGAUGGGGAUUUGAUUUUGGACAUAUGGAAGCAAUACAUCUUAUUUCUAGCGACAAAUAUUCAGAAAAACAAAUAGGAUACCUUGCUAUGAUGCUACUACUGCAUGAAAAUCAUGAUUUAAUACAUCUUGUAGUUAACAGUAUUAAACGAGACUUAUUAGAUUCAAAUGAAUAUUAUAAUUGUCUAGCGUUACAUGCAAUUGCAAAUAUUGGAAGCAAAGUGAUGGGAAAAGUUCUAGUUUCUGAUGUCAAACAAUUGCUUAUGUCGCCUAUAUCCAAAAAUUUUGUUAGAAAGAAAGCAGCGCUAACCCUUUUACACUUACAUCGUAAACAUCCGGAUAUUAUUGAACCAGAAUGGACAGAAAGCAUUAUUUCUGCAUUAGAUGAUUCAGAUCUAGGAGUAUCCUUAUCUAUAACAAACCUUUUGAUAUCUCUUGUUCAAAGCAAUAGUAUAUUAUAUGAAGGGUGUUAUCUUAAGGCUAUUCAUAAACUAAAAAGAAUCGUUAUUGACGGAGAAUAUACCCAUGAUUAUAUAUAUUACAAAGUACCUGCUCCCUGGCUUCAAAUUAAACUCUUGCGUCUUUUACAAUAUUAUCCACCACCAGAUGAUAAAGAUACUGAAGAAUUAAUAUGCAAAAUUUUGCAAUUUAUUAUAACAUCUAUACUUCAUGAGCCACCAAAAAGUGCUCAACAAAAUAAUAUUCAAAAUGCAGUUUUGUUUGAAGCAAUCAAUUUUUCUAUCCAUAUCGAUAUUAAUGAUGUAUUAACAAAUCAAACCAUCCAUUUAUUAACUAAAUUCAUAUCAUAUAAAGAAACUAACACUCGAUAUCUUGGUUUAAAAGCAUUGAUCCGCCUAGCAAAACACCUAAAUAAACUUGAACCAUUUAAAAAGUACCAUGAUACUAUCAUACAAUCUUUAGGAGACAAAGAUUUGAGUAUUCAAAAAAAAGCUCUUGAAUUAUUAUAUUGUAUAUGUGAUUCCAGUAAUGCAAAAACAACAGUGGAAAAGUUAAUACAUUAUUUAGAAGAAGCAAAUCCUCUAAUAAAAGAAGAAAUAGCUAUUAGAACGGCUAUUCUAGCGGAAAAAUACAUAACAGAAUAUCAAUUGUAUGUAAAUAUAAUACUACAACUUAUAAAUAUUUCCGGAGAAUAUAUUGGUGAUGAGAUAUGGUAUAGAUUUAUCCAAGUUAUAACAGAUAACGAAGAAAUGCAAGAAUAUACAGCAAAAACUGUUUUAGAGUAUUUGAAAAAAAGCAAUUCCAAUGAAAAUAUGAUUAAAGUUGGUGGAUAUAUUUUGGGAGAAUUCGGCUAUCUAAUAUCAAAUUCUUCUUACAGUAGUCCUAUCGAGCAAUUUAUUUCUUUACAUUCUAAAUUUAAUACAUGUUCAUCUAAAACUCAGGCAUUACUUAUGUCAACAUAUAUUAAAUUUGUUAACUUAUUUCCUGAAAUUAAGUUAGAUAUACAAACUGUUUUUGAACAGUAUAUAAACAACAUUGAUUCAGAAUUACAACAACGGGCAUGUGAAUAUUUGGAAUUAUGUUAUGUUUCAAAUAAAGAUCUUUUACAAGUUCUAUGUAAAAAAAUGCCCCCUUUCUCGAAGAGACAAUCACUUUUAAUAUUAAAAUUGCAAAGCAAACAAAAAAAUAAGAACAAAGAAUUAGGAAUUGUCAAGAGUAAGACAAUAUCAAAAGAAAGAGAUAAUACAAAUGUUGAAAAUCUAUAUAAAUCAGUUAAUAAUAAUAAAAUUGCAACAUUAUCCGAAAAUGAUUUAAUCGGAUUAGAGAUUUCAAACACUUUCAAUUCGUUAUCAUCUGCACCAUCUGCUUUUAAAACAUUUAAUCAAUCUAACACUUUAUCAGAUUUUGUAUCGUGUAUAGAGAAUAUGUCGUUAUCUCAUGAUUCUAAUUUUUCUAAAAACUAUAAGACUAACUUUAUUGAACUAUUAUGGAAUAACGAGGGAAUACUUUGUGAAAACGAAGAAAUACAGAUCAAUGUUUUAUCUGAAUAUCAUGGUUAUCAAGGAAAAAUGAUACUUUUAUAUAAAAACAAAUCAUCAUUAACAUAUACUUCUUUUACAUCUUCUAUUGAUAAUUCCAGCAAAUCAAGUUUAUCUAUUACGAAAACAAUAAAUGCAUCAUGCACUUUAAAUGCAUAUGAGGAGAUACAACAAAUACUAGAACUAGAAAUUCUUGAUAUUUUUUCAGAAUUACCAACCAUAUCUAUAUCCUAUUUAUCAACAUCUCCGAAAUCCUUGACAUUAAAACUUCCAAUCGUUCUUUCUAAAUUUUCAGAAGGAGUAGAACUUGAUUCAAAUAGUUUCUUUCAAAGAUGGAAACAAAUCGGAAAAUCUCGAGAAUGCCAGAAAAUCUUUGCUAUUAAAAACAAAGAAAAAAAAAUAGACUUUGAGUACAAUGUAAAAAUACUUAAAGGGUUCGGAUGGGAAAUUUUAAAGGAAAUUGACACAAAUGAUCAAAAUAUAGUUGGUGCAUCUGUAUUAUAUACUAGUCAAAAAGGGAAAUUCGGAUGUUUAUUAAGACUCGAACCUAAUUAUGAAACUAAGAUGUAUCGGAUUACUAUUCGAAGCACAAAAGAAGGUAUCGCAGAUCAUUUAGAAUCUUUAAUAGAAAAAAAACUAUCAGAAAACAAUCUUUAA